AUACAACAACAAGAGGAGACAAGACAACCUGUCUGUAGUGCAUGACGGGAGGCCUGAGGUCUACGGAUCACAUCAUCCACGUGUUUGCCCGAUCUUCGAUGGCGAAUUGAUAGACGUUCAUUCCGCGAGCGAGAGCACCGACGACACGCGAAAUUAUGAGUACGACGGCCGCUUCCACUCUUGCCUACGAUCCCACUGGAGAUCGCUACGAUCCAGAUGAGGUACUACUUGCCCAGAACAGCCCGUUGAUGAAGCCCUAUCACCCCCAGCUUGGGCCACCAACGAGCUCGCUGGACGAGUUUUCUUACCCCAAAGUCAGUCCUCCUUCCAGUCCGAGUAACAAAAGGUCUGAUCGUCGCUUCAAGUCCAAACCGAGUCAGGGUGAUGCCGUCUUGCUUCAUAUGCUUGACGGAGGGAGACGCCCAGAGAUUGCCAUCCAAGCCGGCCUCGAAGCCUUACCAUCAGAGCAUUCCGACAGCGACAGAGACGACUCCCUUGAGCCCGACACUGCUUCUUCCAUGGAUGGUAAUGAAAUCAUUCAAAGCCCUCACUUCAACGGGGAAGACCACGACGAUAUCGAACACCUCCACCUGAGCCUUCGACGUCGAAACAUGUCAGCCGAGCCUUCCAGGGAGAUCAACACCGGUGGUGGUUUUGACAGCCUACAGUCUCUUGCAGCAGGUGCUUUGGGCGUGGUUCAAAAUCUCAGCGCUCCCAGUGUCAAGCAAGAAGAGGCAGAUGCAGGUCCCACGCCGCCAAUCACCGAGCAUGAUACAGCGACGGUUCAAUCAACCAUAGCGGCGAGGCGAGCGGAGGCGGAUAAGGAUACAGACAGGUCAACCCAGCCUGCGAUGCUGACUCCGUAUAGUCCGCGAGGAAUUACCUUUUCACCCCGAGAGCCCGGAAGCAUACCCUCAAUUGCGUCACCUACGAACCCCCUGACACCCAAUAGUCUACCCGAAGGCUUACCGCCAAUCCAUCCGACCUCCCCAGUGUUUGAAGGAGCCUCACAGCAGACGCUUCCAUCCAUUAGGGAUUCUCUGGGGGUGGCGGAUCUCAAUCAACUGUCCCGUCCCAUAAUUGAGCGAAGUCCACUUCAACCUUAUCCCGGCUCUCCUCCAGGUUUUCCGACAAGUUUGUUGUCAUACACAAACCAUGCGUCGCCGCCACAAUCGGCCUCUGACCCAUACCGUCGGGAACCUGUUUCGCCGUACUUUUUCUCUCAAGGGAAUGGCCUACAACGGCCGCACGAUUAUGCCAGCGGUUCAGAACCCUCGGCCCCAGAUCAUCCACGCAGUCAUAUGAAUGCCUCCGCAACGUCGCCCGGAUCAAUAGCCGACCGAAUGAGCAUCGAUGGCCUAACCAGCCACACGGGUACUUAUGUGUGCAAAUUCCAGGGCUGCAACGCCCCGCCGUUUCAGACGCAGUACUUGCUAAAUUCACACGCCAAUGUUCACUCAUCCGCGCGACCUCAUUACUGUCCUGUACCAGGGUGUUCUCGAGGCGAAGGUGGAAGGGGAUUCAAGCGCAAGAACGAGAUGAUUCGACAUGGAUUGGUGCAUGAUUCACCAGGCUACGUCUGCCCGUUCUGUCCCGACCGAGAGCACAAAUAUCCUCGUCCCGAUAACCUCCAAAGACAUGUGCGAGUACAUCAUACUGAUAAGGACAAAGACGAUCCCCUUUUGCGCGAAGUCCUUGCUCAGCGGCCUGACGGCCCUAGCCGUGGCCGGAGACGAAGAGGUGGGCCAAGCUGAACUCGGCCAUCCCCCAACACCGCGUUGUCAACACGGACACAUUAUAUUUCCUUGCCUUUGUAGAUUUCUCUUCUCCUCGCUACCCCUUUUUCUCUUUUACUUGCACCACUUAUUGCUUGUCUUUGGUGUUUGGCGCCUGGUGGGUGUACAUAGGCAGGGAACUUGUCACAGCACGGGCUAUAACUACGGCACAAAGAUGAUGCCUAUGUGUGUUUUGACCCUGGUGUGGUCGGUCAUAUAUUGUUUUCUCUUCCUUCAUUUCAUACCGGGCAC